AUGGCGCGCUUUACGAACCUGAAGCAGCAAAAUGAAUGGGAGGAGUCGUGGGAGGUCUGGUGGACCAAACACACCAAGUUCAUACUGGAGCGGGAAGAGAUGAGUCGUGGACCCUACAGCGAAGAGGAGGCCAAGCUCAAGGAGGAUUUUCUCUCCAAAGUCCUCCCCCGUUACCUGCGCCCGCUGGAAAGCGGUGGUCGAUCCAUUGACCCAGCACUUUGCCAUACCGAUCUGUGGCCUGGUAACGUCAAAUAUCGACUCGACAACGAAUCGCCCCUGGUAUUUGACGCCAAUGCUCUGUGGGCGCACAGCGAGCUUGAACUCGGCCUUUUCUGCAACUCUAGAUACCCGCUGGAUAGAGUGAACGCAGAGGAGAAGGAGAGGAAAGUUGCUCAAGACGGCAAGAAGAGCUUCGAGGUAAAGAUUGAAAGUGUCACGGAUGAUCUCAAGGUCCUAGCUACUUAG